UCUAAUAAAAAAGGGUGAACACAAGAUUCAUAAAUUUCUUCCUAAACAGUAAGCAAAGCAAAAAAGCCUCUGAUUUUAUUUUAUUUUUUCUCCAAAAAAAUUUCCUAAUUGUUCAUCUUUUUUAACUUACACCACAUAAUCUGAUCUGGGUUUUUUCCCCUCUGUUUCUCAUUCAGAUCAUAGUUAAAAAAAUAAAAAAGAAGCUUCCGUUUUGUUCUUUAAUGGCUUUCUCAUUUGAAAAAAAAAUCCAUUGAAAGAAAGAGCAAAAAACCCAACUUUUUUUAUUGGGGAUUUAGUAGCUUCAUUGAUUUAUACAAUGGGAUUUGUUUCAAAGAUGCAGAUUAUUGAUCUAUAUUUCAAGAAAAUGUAGGGAAAUAGAAAGAGGAUUCGAAAUCCAGGAAAAUUUCAUUUCUUAUUGAUUUCAAAAGGGGCAAAAUCUGUUGUUGGAUGAAUCAUUUAGGAUUUUCUCUUCUGGUUUAGAAACCUUGUUAAUUUGUUUGAAAUUGCUUUGGAAAGUGAUUAAUUUGUACAAUGAGAAGAGGUAGAGGAAAAGUAAAGAAGCAGGCUGUUGUUGUUUCGUCUCGUGAAGAUCCCGGGAGUGGCGACGAUGAAAUCAUCGAGGAACUCAAAGUGGAGAAGACAGAAGAAGAUAGUGGUGAUGUAAAAGGUUCAGUUCCAAUCAAGGAGACGAAAAAUCAAGCUGUCACGGAGAACGGACGGAAACGGAAAAGGUCAAUGCAGGCGAAAGAAAAUGGGAUUACGACAGAGUUAAGCACCAAUGAUUCGAUUAAACCUGUGGGGUAUCGACAAAAUGGUAGCAGGCGCAAAAACAAACCUCAACGGGCCGCCGAAGCUAUUGUUGAGUGCAAAUGACGAGGUUUUGAAUAACCGUCACCGUGUCUUUUACCUUCUUUUCUCGUACUAAAAGUAAUGCUUGUUUGCUUGCUUAUGUAUGGAUUCGGUUUUUUCCUUUUUGUCACAUUUGAUUCGUUUGUGUAGUCUCGGAAUCCAACAUCGGGGUUUUUCGAUUUGAUGAUGUUACUAAUGUUUUCUAUAGGCAUGGUUUUUGUUCCUUUCCAUACAAUGAGAAAGGGCUUCUACAAUGUGAUUUAGGGUUUGGAGGAAGAAAACAGAUGGAGUGAAAGCACUCGUAUAUGUCGAUGACAUUCUUGUGAGUUGCUAAUGCCAAAGUUUUUUUCAAAUCAAAUCGAGUUAGCGAUGUUUUCUUUCGUAGAAA